ACCUUUCUCAAUGGAGACAUCAAAGGCUGGAUCAGCCAACAGUAUGCCACCCAUGAUGCUAGCAGUAUCACACUGUAUAUUACAAUAGAGUACCAGGUAAUACUUUCAUUAGCACUUGAGUACAACUGUUGUAAUUCACUAAAUACAGACCCCAUCCUUUAUCUUACGAUGUGUGACACCAUUCCUGAAAUGGAAGUAGAAAUUAAACAAAGUAUCUUUUGGGCAGAAAAAAACAAGGAGAGAAUGUUCAGCUUGUGGUAUGAUUACACAAUUUAUUUAUUUACACCCAUGACAACACAACGUUGCGUAAGGUCAGUAAAUGUUGCAGUUGGUUUUUUACAAUACAGUAUGCUAUAGGUUUCUCUCCCAGACAAUUAAUGUCUGCCCCCCUCCCCGGAUCCAUCAGUGCGGAUACAUCAGAUAUUACAUCAGAAAUAUAUCAGCACUUUUCCAGAUGUUGGAAGGGGAACCCCCUUAAUAUAACAAUAGUCUGGAGGUAGGAAUUUUGCAAUUAAAACGAAAAUUUCCUCAUUCUGCCGAUUAACCCAUACAAUU